AUGGUUCUGGAUGGGGCGGAGAUGGCAGAUGGCAGUGGUGCCCGGUCACCCGCGAAGUGGCAACCUGGGGACGGUGCAGGUCAGACCCCAGUUAUCAAGAAUGGCCACCCAGCCCUGGAGUCUAUGGCCUCAUGGAAGCUACUUGUCGACGUGGACAUGGACCUCGGCGCCCUGACCGGAAACAAAGACAAGAAGAUUUCCCCCUGGGAGCCGAAGUUUGUGCGUCUGACCGAUAUUGGCGUCGUUUUGGCUAUUAUUUUCCUCUCGGCACAGUACCGCCGUGACUACCUCUCUUGGGACUUCGACGCAAAAGGAAACAUCCGGUCCAGCCGCACCGGCGCCUAUCGCCUGGUAUCACGGAUUGCCCACUUCCUCGUGGUGAAGGGCUCCUACAUUCUUUGCGGCGAUGACUGGCAGCACGCCGGCUGGCUCCUGGCGGAUAUACCCCGCGGAGGAGAACAGAUCUUCGGUAUCGGUCAGGUCCUCGCGCCCGCCCAGACCGCCAAAGCGACAGCACUGGAGUUUUUCUGUGUCGGUCAAAACGGCGUCUGGAACUGCGACCCGCCUAACACAAUCUGGACCUACGCCCGACAGAUCACCGGCAUCGCGAUCAGAGGAUCGAUGAACUGGGACUGGCGACAGCUGGUGCUGCGCAAGGACGCCGCCGGUACUUACGAAUGGGCUUCUCAGAGAGGAUUUUAG